AUGGCGGCCGCCGGGCUCCUCUCGUGGGGGUCCCUGCAGCUGGGGCCCAGGACGCUGCGUCCCUUCUCGAUCGCGGCGGCCCCGGCCUCGCGCCUGCCGAGAGCGAGCCAGCGUGAGGCUGUGCCGCGUAAGUCUGCGCGCCGCCUUUUAAAAAGCAGAUCUUUGCCUCCUCGGACGGAGAAAAUGGCUGUUGACCAAGACUGGCCUAGUGUCUACCCUGUUGCAGCGCCGUUUAAACCCUCCGCUGUGCCUCUUCCUCUUCGGAUGGGUUAUCCAGUAAAAAGAGGAGUACCCAUGGCAAAGGAAGGAAAUCUAGAGCUUUUAAAGAAGGGCGCCCACAUCACCCUCGUCUGCAUCAGGCUUGUAGGGAAGCUGGAGUCCACGAGGCCUGAUGUGUUUGACCUAAAUUUCUGCACUGAGUGGCCAGCGGCACUAGACAGUGAUGAGAAAUGUGAGAAGCAUUUUCCUAUUGAAAUUGACACAGCUGAUUAUGUUUCAUCGGGACCGUCUGUUCGAAACCCCAAAGCACGAGUAGUGACCUUAAGGGUAUAUCUAAGUAACAUAAAUGAGGAUGUCCACUCUCCAAAGCCCGUAGUGAAAGCGAUUGGGAUAUGUUGGAUAUUUUGCAAAUAACUAUCUGUAUUGAAUUUUGACUCCCCCUCUUUCUCUGUCUUAAAUAGGUGCCCUUUAAAGCGACAGAAUUAUGAUUAUGCAAUGUAUCUGCUAACGGUUUUAUACCAUGAAUCUUGGAAAACUGAAGAGUGGGAGAAAAGUAAGACUGAAGCAGACAUGGAGGAGUACAUAUGGGAAAACAGCCCCUCAGAAAGAAAUGUCCUGGAAACUCUAAUCCAAAUCAAAGCUGCCGAGAGGAGCACGGAGGUGAACAAAGAAGCGCUCCUUGGGAGUCAAGAAGUUGAAGAUUACAAAAAGGCUGUUGUCAGUCUCAAGAAUGAGGGGGAAUCUGAAAAUGCCAUUUCUCAGUACAAGGAAUCAGUGAAGAGACUAUUGAAUUUGGCCUGAAGUU